AUGGCACGGGUUAGUAACAUCACCGGAGCUUCAGAAACGGCACUGGCCGUGGCAGUUAGAUCACUAACGAGAAACCAUUUUGUAAAGAAUCUGGUGGGUAAGAUGUCAGAAAAUGAUCUUACGAUGGUUAACGACUAUGGCUCAACACCUCUUCAUAUAGCAGCAUCGUCUGGCAACACUGAGGCGGCCAAGUUGCUAGUGGAAAAGAACACCAGCCUACUUUAUCUGCAGAACAGAUAUAAGAACCUACCUCUCCAUGUAGCUGCUGCUAGAGGCAAAAGAGAUAUGAUUGUUACUUAA